GGAGACAUCACUGCAGUCAGGAAUGGAGCUGGUGUCUCUGCUGUUUUUGUCUCUACUGGGCUUUCAGCUGGGCUCUGGAGCCCCUGCUCCAGCUCCAGCCCCGGCCCCGGCUCCGGCCCCUGGCCCGGUGUUUCUCUCAGGUCAGGCAGCCGACGGCGUUCUGCGGCGGAACAAACGUCACAACAGGGGCGUGUUUGAGGAGGUGCUGGAAGGUAACCUGGAGAGAGAGUGUAUCGAGGAAGUGUGUGACCUGGAGGAGGCCAGGGAGGUCUUUGAGAAUGAUCAGACGACAAUGGAAUUCUGGGCAGGAUAUAUAGAUGGAAAUCAGUGUAAGUCAAGUCCGUGUCUGAACCAAGGCUCGUGCAAAGACCUUCGAGGCUCCUUCACCUGCGAGUGUGUGGAAGGUUUCAUCGGCAGGACAUGUGAGAUCGCUGUAACAAAAAGAUGUGACGUGAACAACGGAGACUGUAUGCAUUUCUGUGAGAUGAUGGGAACCUUCGGAGCCAAAUGUUCCUGUGCCGCAGGAUACACGCUGAUGGAGGACGGAGUCUUCUGUGAACCACAAGUGGACUUCCCGUGUGGCAGAACGUUUCGGACAGCAGUAGUCUCAGCAUUCAGGAGGUCUCUGCUCGGCCGUGAGAACACGAGCCGUGAGAAUACCACGUCACUGACCCACAACGUUACCACCACGUCCCCUCCUUCAUCUCCAGCCAGCACCACAAAGUCUUUUCGAGACACAACUGAUUCUGCAGUAUACCGAAGCAUAAAGAAGCUGCCUCUGUGGGUGUACAGUGAGGCCGAGAGCCCCACUGAGGCCGAGAGCCCCACUGAGGAGCUGGUUCGCCCUUAUAAACGCAUUGUAGGUGGCUCAUUUGUCACUCCAGGAGACAUCCCGUGGCAGGUGGCCUUGGUGUUACAUCCCAGUGGUGAGAUAUUCUGUGGAGGCUCCAUCCUCAGUGAGAGUUGGGUCGUGACUGCCGCUCACUGCCUGGCAGAGGUGGAAGGCCCCUUCUUUGUCAGAGCUGGAGAGUACAACAUCUACAUCAAUGACGGCACAGAGCAGGAUUACGAAGUGUUGAGGCAGCACAUACACCCACGCUACAACACCAGCGUGAGCUUUUACGACCACGACAUUGCCCUGCUGUACCUCAAAUCCCCCAUCACCUUCUCUGCAACAGUGCGGCCCAUCUGCAUCGGGCCCAUGGCUUUCAUCGAGGCCCUCGUGAAGAACUCCUCCCCGGCCACAGUCAGCGGCUGGGGCCGAACGCGCUUCCUCGGGGCCACGGCCAACACGCUGCAGAAGGUGGAGGUUCCCUUCGUGGAUCGGACAGAGUGUAAGGAAAGCAGCAGCUCCAGGAUCACUCCUUUCAUGUUCUGUGCAGGAUACUACAACGAGGCCAAAGACGCCUGUCAGGGCGACAGCGGAGGUCCUCAUGCAAACAGCCUUCAUGACACAUGGUUCCUGACAGGCAUUGUGAGCUGGGGGGAGGAAUGUGCAAAGGAUGGGAAAUAUGGAGUGUACACCCGAGUGUCACUUUACUACCGCUGGAUGAACUACAUCAUGGGAUUAAAUAACCACAGGCUGGCGUUUGAUGUGGAUGAUCCUGACCCAUAAAUUUCAAAAUUAUAAAUUUAAAAAUACAACUGAUUUCACAAAAGUGUCAAAUAAAAUGUUUUUUUUCUUGCAGGACAUUCAAAUAUUGAAGUUGCAUUAAAUUGCAUAUUGAUUUUUGUGUGUCCAACUCAUGCAUUUUAGUUUUAAAUAUUCUGAGUAGUGUGUCGUUACAGAGCACAAAUAGAUAUGUAAAAAUAUACAUGUGUAAUUUUUAUUGACUGAACUUGACUAAUAAACUCCACCCUU